UCAGCCCUAGAUGUAGCUGAGAGUCUGGGAGAGGCCGACCGCCGCGACCCAGCGGCGAGAGGAAGAACUGGGGGGCGGGUGGGGGAAGCAUAGCACUCGAAACCUAGAGGUUUACAGAUUAUUUUAUUUUGUGUAGAAAACACGUAACGACCCCGAAGAUCAGCCCCAAUGAACAUGUCAGUGUUGACUUUACAAGAAUAUGAAUUCGAAAAGCAGUUCAACGAGAAUGAAGCCAUCCAAUGGAUGCAGGAAAACUGGAGAAGAGAGAGCUCCACAACAAGGCUUAGACUGUUUUGGUGCCAGGGGAAGUUCAGGAAACCACAAGGUCUUCACUUUUCCAGACUCCUUAAAAUGGUUUGAAAUAGCUUCUGGAGGAAAACGCAAGGAAGAAAUCUUUCCUGUUUUCUGCUCUGUAUGCUGCCUUUAUCUUUGGCGGUCGGCACCUCAUGAACAAACGGGCGAAGUUUGAACUGCGGAAGCCAUUAGUGCUCUGGUCCCUGACUCUCGCAGUCUUUAGUAUAUUUGGUGCUCUUCGAACUGGUGCUUAUAUGGUGUACAUUUUGAUGACCAAAGGCCUGAAGCAGUCAGUUUGUGACCAGAGUUUUUACAAUGGACCUAUCACCAAAUUCUGGGCUUAUGCAUUUGUGCUAAGCAAAGCACCCGAACUAGGAGAUACAAUAUUCAUUAUUCUGAGGAAGCAGAAGCUGAUCUUCCUGCACUGGUACCACCACAUCACUGUGCUCCUGUACUCCUGGUAUUCCUAUAAGGACAUGAUCGCCGGGGGUGGUUGGUUCAUGACUAUGAACUAUGGCGUGCACGCCGUGAUGUACUCUUACUAUGCCUUGCGAGCAGCAGGUUUCCGAGUCUCCCAGAAGUUUGCCAUGUUAAUCACCUUGUCCCAGAUCACUCAGAUGCUGAUGGGCUGUGUCGUUAACUACCUGGUCUUCUUCUGGAUGCAGCAUGACCAGUGUUACUCUCACUUUCAGAACAUCUUCUGGUCCUCACUCAUGUACCUCAGCUACCUUGUGCUCUUCUGCCACUUCUUCUUUGAGGCCUACAUCGGCAAGAUGAGAAAAACCAUGAAGGCUGAAUAGUGUUGGAACUGAGGAGGAAGCCAUAGCUCAGGGUCAUCAAGAAAAAUAAUAGACAAAAGAAAAUGGCACAAGGAAUCACAUAUGGUGCAGCUAAAACAAAACAUGUGAGCAAACACAAAACCUAAGGCAGCUUAGGGAUAAUUAGGUUGACUAAACCCCGUAAGUUUAUGAUCUUUUUUGGGAAAGGCCUCGCUGAGUGCACCUCUAUGUCAAAGGACUGCUGCUAGAAAACUCCAUUCCCUCUUUAUCUGUCAACUUUAGGAAAAAUGAGAGCAAAAGUGAGCCAGAGGCAGAGAGAGAAAAAUAGAAGGCCGGUGAAGGUAUGAAAAGUAUUUACUAAGUGUUGUAUUUCUCUAAGGAUUACAGUUUACUUUAAAAACAAAAACAAAUAACUGUGCAAGCACAUGCACACAAUCCUUUCUAAUCUUUUUAGAACCGAAACUGGAGCCAAUAGAAUAGAUAAAAAUGAAAGACACAGGGUGUAUAUCUGGAACAUUAAUGCUUUUGCAAAAAUUAAAGCCUUGUAAGAAAGGUUAGUUCAUUGUAGUCCCCUUGAGAAAGAUGUCUUAAUCAUCUCUUAUGAAAAUGGACAUAAAGAAUUAUAUUUCGACUAAGAAAGACUGCUGUUUUUCCCUUUACAAUACAGCCUCAGGCUAUGAGUUUGCCAAAACCAAAUGGGGCACAAUAGUUUUCCAAGCUUCUUCCUGGGAGGAUGGAAAUAAUGCAGCUCAAUGUCAAAAGGGGCAGCUCCAUCUCAGAGCAUUUCUGAUAAUUUGACUGUAAUUUCUACUCUUAAAUGAGAUAUGAAGCAUUAUCUUUGGUUCAGGUGCCCUAAGCUUUUGAACAGAAGAGUACAGAAUACAGGAUAGAAAAGAUAAACCUCAGCUGAAUGGUUUGAAAAUGGAAUCUGUACUACAUGUAAAAAUGUUCAGCCCCAUACCAUUCUUAAGCUGGGAAAGGGAACAGAUGGGGGAAAGAAGUGAGCCGAAGAUCAAUACAAUAUAUACCCCUCCCUAAUUUGACUUCACACAUACUCAUAACUUUCUACACGAAACCCUGUGGUACAGUCCAUAUUUUUUAUAUUUUUGUGAAUUUCAAAAAAAAAAAAUCUGCAGGGCUCUUCCUGAUAUUGGGUGAACACUGUGUUUCUGCAUCAUCUGCAUUUGCUCCCUAAGCGAUGCAGAGGUGUGUAAAGUGCCCUCUGCUGGUCAAGUGGAGAUACUCCAAACACUUUAUGGGAAGUUUGGCUGGAACAGUUGACAACAAAGGGCCCCCAUAGACUUAUCCUUCAAAUUUAAAUGUUAUAAAAUACACAUCAUAUUUUUGGCCAAAUCAGAAGACAUUCUUCCGCUUCAAGUCAGCUUCAGAAAUUUUUUUAAAGAAACUUUCACUCUGGAACUCAGAAAAUCAAUUUAUUAAGAGCCAUAUUCUUUUUAAAAAAAGCUAGAUAAUUUAUUAUUGGUAAUAUUUCAGUCCUUUACAAGCCAAAUAAAUGUGUAAACAUUCUUAGUAUUUCAAAGAAGCAAUUAUGUAAAGUUGUUCAAUGUGAUAUAAUAGUAUUCUAAUGGGUUAAGUAGCUUAAUGAUUAGACAAACUAGUUGAAAAGAUUAGGGGCUUCUACACUGCAUAGAUUACACACGUAUAACCACACGUAUGCACACAAAUGUGAGGUACACUGAACUUCAAAGCCCAAUGAAUAGAAACACAUUUUCUGGCUAGCAGAAAAAGAAACUCAUUUAUCUUUCUUGCUUUAUUUGAGAUUACAGUAAAAGGGAUUUUUCAAAUUAUUUUUAUAUUAUUUUAGCUUUAAUUGUGCUGUCAUUCAUGAAACAGCUGCUCUGCUUCUCUGUCAGAAAUGACAAGGGCUUUCUCAGCAUCUCAUUUAUGUAUGGAAUUUAAAAGAAUAAAGUUUUAUUCCAUUCUGUGUGAAUGGUUUGAACAGUGAACAAAGAAUCCAUGCAAACCAAGUCAUGACUGACAGACCAGGGGUGGGGGCGGGGAGUGUGCAGGGAGGGAAGCUGUUACAUCUGUGUUAAAUUAUUGUGAAGUCUAUGAUGUCUUGACAUUGGUUCAUAGUUGGGGAACAAUUGAUGGAGGAAUGUAUUGUUAUUAAGGCAAAAGCUGACAUGAGCUGAAAAGAUGGGUCCUGCUAUAACAACUAAUAGAUUCAUAGGAUGCAAAUAAUGUUAUUUUGAACUUUGAAAAUACAUGAUUCUGUGCAAUAAGCUUUUUUUCUUAUAACAGAAAAUAAGCAGAAUUAUUAAAAUGAAAAGGUUAAAUAA